GUCAACAAGUACCUGUCAAGAAAUUAAACCGAACUGAUUAUACCCAACUAUCGCAAAUCUGCACUUUAGGCCUCAGUUGCUACCUAUAUCCUGCGGCAAGAAACUGGUGUUUCGAGAAAAUAAAGAACAUUUAUUAGUACCUCUUGUUCCAUGGGCAGGUAUGCACCGACAAGUGUGAUUGUGUUUUGUACCUACUCGUCACUAAAGACUGCUAAUGGGCAUCGCCGUAUGACUUACGGUGUCCCUGAUGGGAGCGCACCAGGGUUCUUCAGAGAUAACUCGAGUGGUGAAAUAAAAACCACUCCAUUUCGUAAGCAGACGUGUUAAAAGAUAACCUGACUAUCUAAUUAGGUGAUCGAUUGUGGUGUCCCGUUGUUAAGCAUAUGUGAGUAGGAGCACCACUCGUUUAAAAAGGCGUGGAGAAAUGUUACGAUGUUCAGUGCGCUAGUGUUUCAUAUUAGUGACCGGUCGAACCGCAUCCAAACAUAAUGGAACAAAUCCAUAUGAUAUUGUUAAUUUUGAGUACAAUAGUACUUAAUUCCACAGCUGCUCCAAUAUGGGAGGAUGAAGAUCUCGAAUACGAUGGUGAAUUCGGAGAGUACUUCGAGGGUGACAUGGUGCUGACGAAGUUCCAACGAGAAGCCAUAUCUGAAGCCACUGACGCUGACAGUCGCAACGGCCUACGAAAUUUAGCGAAACGCUGGCCCAAUCGCACGGUCGUCUAUCAUAUCGAAGAGGACAUCUUUGAUGAGGAACAGGUGCAAAAGAUAGAGGACGCUUUAGCUGAUAUUGCGAAUAAUUCUUGUCUUGCAUUUCGUCGAAGAGAAAAUGACGAUGAACAUGCAGUUUUAAUACAGGGUAAAAGCAGUGGUUGCUUCUCGAGCGUAGGUUUCAGCAUUCCUGAUGACGAGGGCGAAGUCCGGCAAGUGUUGAACUUGGCCAAAGGCUGCUUCAGGCACGGCACGGUGGUUCAUGAAAUGCUGCACACUCUCGGGUUCUACCACAUGCAGAGCACUUAUGACAGAGAUGACUUUGUAACUAUCGUUUGGGAAAAUAUUAAGCCAGGUCUUGAACAUAAUUUCGCAAAGUACAGCAAUGAUACUGUGACCGAUUUUGGAGUACCGUAUGAUUAUGGCAGUGUCAUGCACUACCCAGCGAAAGCAUUCUCUGUCAAUGGUAAUAAAACGAUCAUCCCAACGCAGGAAAAUGUAACGAUUGGCCAACGACAAGGAUUAUCUGAAAGCGAUAUAUUAAAGUUGAAUAAAAUGUACUGUGAAGACCCUGAUGAUAAGGAACUUAUACUGAUUGAGAAAAACGGCGAUAAAGUGACUGUGAUUGACAAAUAAAUGAUUAGCCAUAAACCUUAAUUGGACGGUAAAGUGUUGGACUUAUAAUUUAGUGUGAAAUAAAACAUUUGAUU